CAACGCAGAGUUCUUGAUAUAAUGAAGAGGGAUGCUGCUAAAGACCCUGCAACUGAUCCCAACGUCAUGCGUGCUAGGCUGUUAAUCAACCAGGUGGAUAGAAAAUUAGUCAAGCAAACAGUGAUGACAUCAGUAUAUGGUGUCACUUAUAUUGGUGCCCGUGAUCAAAUCAAGAGGAGGUUAAAGGAGCGCGGUGCUAUUGAUGAUGAUACAGAAGUGUUUGCGUGCGCUUGCUACGCUGCGAAAACAACCUUGACUGCCUUGGGAGAAAUGUUCGAGGCUGCACGUAGCAUAAUGAGUUGGUUGGGAGACUGUGCAAAGAUUAUAGCCACAGAGAAUCAACCAGUACGUUGGACAACACCAUUGGGGCUCCCUGUUGUCCAGCCUUACCGCAAAUUAGGAAGGCACAUGAUUAAGACUUCUCUUCAGGUUUUGACUCUUCAACGUGAAACUGACAAGGUGUUA